CAUCGCCAAACACUGACGUCUGCCAAUCUCCAUUUAUGGGAAAAGUCAUUGAAUUUUGCCCUUUUAGGACUAUCCAAUCACAUCUCAGCUCAUCUCAUCUGUUCUAAUCUCCUCUCUGUCUCUCUCCGUUUCUCAUUGUCCUUCCCAAUUGUUUUAUAAAUGCUGUUCAUCUUCCACCUAUGGUUGUCAACUACUCUCUCUCUCUCUCACAAUAACUCUUUCUCUCUCCAACAAAAAACUAUGUCCAACUCCACCCAACCUAUUCACAUCUUGAUCUUCCCGUACCCAGCUCAAGGCCACAUGCUACCAAUCUUGGAUCUAACCCACCAACUAGCCCUCCGUGGACUCACCCUUACCAUUCUGGUCACACCUAAGAACCUCCCAACCCUGAACCCACUUCUCUCGACCCACCGAUCAAUCCGGACCCUGGUUCUUCCCUUCCCGCCCCACCCAUCUCUUCCCUCCGGAGUUGAAAACGCAGCAGACAUCGGUAUCUCCGGCAGUGUACCGAUCAUCAACGCGCUGGGUAAGCUUCAUGGACCAAUAAUCCAGUGGUUUAAGUCCCACUCUAAUCCUCCUACUGCCAUCAUCUCUGAUUUCUUCCUCGGGUGGACCCAUCACCUGUCCCACCAACUCGGUAUCCCCCGGGUCAGUUUUUACUCAUCCGGAGCUUUUUUAACCUCGGUGAAUAAUUUUCUGUGGCAAAACAUAAACACCCUCAGGAAUUUACCUGUGGUUAAUUUUCCUGAUUUACCAAGAUCGCCGAGUUUUACUGCGGGGCACCUUCCUUCUUUGUUCCGGGCAUAUAGGGAAUUGGAUCCGGAUACGGAGUUUCUCAAGGAUAGUGUUCUUGCAAAUACUAGAAGUUGGGGGUGUGUUUUUAAUUCUUUUCAUGCAUUAGAGGGUGAGUAUUUGGACCAUGUGCGGAAGGAAAUGGGGCAUGGGCGGGUUUGGGGGGUUGGGCCACUCUAUUUGGCAGGUGGGGUUGGAUCCAUGGGUCGGGUCAACCGGGACAAGGAUUCCAGUGAGGGUGUGUUAGCAUGGCUUGAUGGGUGUCCUGAUGGGUCUGUGUUGUAUGUGUGUUUUGGGAGUCAGAAGUUGCUGAAGAGGGAUCAAAUGGAGGCUUUGGCUUUGGGGCUUGAACGGAGCGGGGUCUGGUUUGUUUGGGUGGUCAAGUCAGUCACGACCCAACAAAUGGCAGAUGGAUAUGGGUUUGUGCCCGAUGGGUUUGAGGAUCGGGUAUCUGGGAGGGGUAUGGUGAUAAAGGGGUGGGCCCCACAAGUGCCGAUACUGAAUCAUCAAGCUGUGGGCGGGUUUUUGAGUCAUUGCGGGUGGAACUCGGUAUUGGAGGGACUAGCAGGUGGGGUGAUGAUACUGGGCUGGCCCAUGGAGGCAGACCAAUUUGUGAAUACUAGGCUGUUGGUGGAAGACAUGGAAGCGGCAGUCUAUGUGUGCAAGGGCGCCGAUGCAGUGCCUGACUCCGCUGAGUUGGCUCAGAUCAUUGCCAAGUCAUUGAGUGGGAACACUGUACAGAAGGUAAAAGCAAUGGAGUUGAGACAGAAGGCAAUGGAAGCAGUUGAGAUAGGUGGCAGCUCUUGGAAGGACUUGGAGGAUUUAGUGAGAGAGUUGGCCCAACUUCAAAUCAAAAUUGUUUGAUAAAAGAGGUACAUACAUGAUUAGUUCAUUUGAAGGCUGUAUUUAUAAAUUUGAUUCCUUAUUCAACUUUUACUUUGUUGAGAAGAUUAGUACUUAUAUUGUGUUUAAAUCCUGGAUUUGUAAAAGAAAAAGAUUUGUGAAAUAUCAAUGAAUUAGUGUAUGUCCGUA